UCUCCCUCUGGCCAUGGCUCCCAAGACCCCCUUCAGGAGGCGAACCCGGGCCCCAGCUCGCCGAUCUCCCCCCCCAGAUGCCGAAGAAGAUCGCGUCGAAUCCCUCCAGUGCGAGAAGUGCGGCUCCGGCGACCGCGCCGACGAGCUCCUCCUCUGCGACAAGUGCGACCGAGGAUUCCACCUCUUCUGUCUCCGCCCCAUCCUUGCCUGCGUCCCUCAGGGCCUCUGGUUCUGCCCCUCCUGCUCCUCCCACAAGAAGCCCAAGCAGUUUCCUUUGGUCCAGACGAAGAUCGUGGAUUUCUUCCGAAUCCAGCGGUCAUCGGAAUUUGAGACGCUUGGCAGUAGGAAACGGAAGAAGAAGACAGGGGGGCUGGUGGUGGCGAAGAAGAAGAGGAAGUUAUUGCCUUUUAAUCCGAUCGAGGACCCCAAUAGGAGGCUGGAGCAGAUGCAAUCCUUGGCCACGGCAUUGACCGUCACAGGGGCCAAGUUCAGCAACGAGCUCACAUAUCUUCCCGGCAUGGCCCCGCGCUCCGCCAACCGCGCUGCUCUCGAACAAGAAGGGAUGCAGGUUUUGUCCAAGGAGGAUACUGAAACCUUAAACCUCUGCAAGAGAAUGAUGGAAAGGGGAGAAUGGCCUCCUCUCUUGGUUGUUUACGACUCUCGCGAAGGGUUCACAGUGGAGGCAGAUAGGUUCAUCAAGGACUUGACAAUUAUAACAGAGUAUGUUGGUGAUGUCGAUUACCUAAAGAAUCGAGAGCAUGAUGAUGGGGACAGCAUGAUGACACUACUUUCAGCCAAGGAUCCAUCAAAGAGUCUUGUUAUAUGCCCCGAUGAGCGUAGCAACAUCGCUCGGUUCAUCAAUGGCAUCAACAACCAUACACCGGAUGGGAAGAAGAAGCAGAAUCUGAAAUGUGUUAGGUACAAUGUGGAUGGUGAAUGUCGAGUUCUGUUGAUUGCGAUUCGAGACAUAUCGAAGGGGGAACGACUGUAUUAUGAUUACAAUGGGUAUGAGCAGGAGUACCCAACUCAACAUUUUGUUUAAAUUCUCCUCUAUCCAUCAGUUUAGGUUUUGACACACAUGGAGAUUUAGUUGCAUUCUUUUUGUUUCAGUCUCUUUCAUUCUGGGGGCAAAUGGAACAGUAUUGCUCUAUUUUGAAGAGGACUAAUGGGUAUAUGGUGUAUUCUUACCAAAAGUGUUUUUUUGGUCAAAAUUUAAAUCCUCCCAUGUAACUCUUGUUUUUAAGAAAGCUUAUUCAAUGAAAAGCAAACAAGAGAAAGGAAAAUUGAUCAUUCA